AUGUCUGCAGAUAAGCAGUUGGUGGAAAGCAGCAGAAUAGAUGGAUUAACCGUCAGAGGAUUGGAUAGUUCACAGAAGAUUCCGCUUCCCUCAGUAUAUUCUAGAGAGAUUAUGCCGGCAAACAGAUCACAAAUACCGACACCAGAAAUUGCGUUGAGAUGGCCUCAUCUUCACAAGAUUGCAGACAAGAUUUUGCCCCUUAUUGACGUGGAGGUGGGUUUCCUCAUUGGAUACAAUUGCCCUCGCGCACUGGUACCGCGAGAUGUAAUUCCGCCAAAUGAAGAUCAUGAACCUUAUGGGCAGAAGACCGACUUAGGAUGGGGUAUACUCGGCAUAGUUGACUCAAGUUUCAGUGAAUCUGGAGCUGAUGCCAUCGGUCUUAGCCACAGGAUUCUGACAUACGAAGUUCCGGCAGAUUUGUGUGUGGACGACAGUGAAGGAAAAGGAUGUCCGUCUGUUGUGAUCCAUUCCGUACGGUCAGCGGUUAAGGAGACAAUUAAUCCCAAUACAGUCGCUAGAAUGAUGGAGAUAGAUUUAAGCGAACACAAGGACGCCGUAGGGUACUCUUCUGACGAUCGUUUGUUCCUGAAGAAGGUAGAAAGCGGCAUUAGAUUUUGUGAUGAUAAGCAUUAUAAAAUGCCCCUGCCUUUCAAGCAAUCAGAUCCCAAGCUACCGAACAACCGGAGCCAGGCGCUACAUCGUCUGUACCGGCUGAAGCAGCGUUUUACGCGUGACAAGAAAUAUCGAGAUGACUACAUCAAGUUCAUGCGUAAUACCAUUCACAAGGGGUUUGCUGAGCCAGUUCCAGAGAGCGAGUUGGAACUUAACAAUGGCACAGUGUGGUAUAUCCCACACCAUGGAGUAUACCACUGGAAAAGGCCGAACAAAAUUCGCGUAGUUUUUGACUGCAGCGCGAACUACAAAGGCCAAUCAUUGAAUGAUCGUCUAUUGCAAGGUCCAGAUCUUACAAAUUUACUGACAGGCGUUCUGUGCAGAUUCAGACAAGACUCAGUCGCAUUUAUCUGCGAUAUUGAACAAAUGCUCUUCCAGUUCAGGGUCAACUCAGAACAUCGCAACUUUCUGAGAUUUCUUUGGUGGAGUGACGAUAACCUCAGCGGUGAUCCCAUCGUGAUGGGGAUGACGGUGCACCUUUUUGGAGCUGUCUCUUCUCCUUCCUGUGCGAGCUUUGGUCUGAAGGAAACGGCCAAUAGGAACGAAGAGAAGUAUGGAAAGGAUGCCGCAGAUUUUAUCAGGCAUGACUUCUAUGUCGAUGAUGGGCUGAAAUCGAUAGCUUCCGCUAUGAAAGCCAUCGACCGGAUUGACAGAAGCAUGGCCAUGUGUGCUGAAGGAGGUUUGCGUCUCCACAAGUUUGUCUCCAGUUCAAGAGAAGUCUUAGCUGCAGUCCCUUCGGGAAGUCAGGCAAAGGGCAUACAGAGCCUGGAUCUUAUGUUUGAACCUCUACCGGUUGAAACAGCACUUGGGGUACAGUGGUGUAUCGAAUCGGAUGCUUUCCGGUUCAGGAUUACCUUGCAGGAUAAGCCCCUUACAAGAGGUGGUAUCUUAUCUACUGUAUCUUCCAUCUACGACCCCCUAGGAUUUGCCGCCUCAGUUAUUCUAUUAGGGAAGCAGAUACUACAAGAGUUAUGUCGAGAUGGUCUAGAUUGGGACAGUCCGUUGCCAUACUCUGUGCGUCCAAAAUUUCUAAAAUGA